CGCGCGCGCGCGGGGCGCCGCGCCACGGCGCGCGCCGCGGGCCGCUGGCCCCGCCUGGAGCGGCCAUGGCCACGUGCACGGGCUGUUCGUGACGGGCAUCCCGUACUCCUGGGACAAGGAGCAGCUGAAGGACACCUUCCUCGAUUUUAGUAUCGAGCCUUUGUAUGUGGACUGGUUCCAGAAGGCAACAGGGGAGUUCCUUGGGCACGCUGUGGUCGAGGUUGCCACCCAGGAGGACGGAGAGGCUGCCGUCAACAUGAUCAAUGAUUUUGAGGUGGAGGGUGCUGAUGGACCUCGGAAGCUCGUGGUCCGCAUCGACACGAAGGCGCCGCACCUCGCUGCCCCGCGCGCGGGAGGG